AUGGAAGAAGAAACCAUCCCACCACCACCUCCCACUUACACCCUCACUGCCUCCUCAAUCUCCUACUCCAAACAAACCUCAUCUGCCGCCGCCGCCACGUCAUUCAUCUCCUUCCUCAACCCUUCUUCCAUCAUAACCACCACCACCAACAUACUCAACCAAGUCACCUUCACCGCCUACCCGGCCGAGAUCCUCGCCGUCGUCGACCCAUCGAGCACCGGAAAGUCCACCCUCCUCGACAUCCUCGCCGCCCGGACAUCCCCCACCGCCGACUCCCUCCUCCUCAACACCACCCCAAUCACCAACUCCUCCUCCUCCUUCCGCAAGCUCUCCGCUUACCUCCCUCAACAUGACGCCUUCCUCCCCCUCCUCAUCGUCACCGAAACCUUCGCCUUCUCCGCCCGCCUCCUCUCCUCCACCUUCACUUCCUCCAUCGCUGCCGUUCACAGUGACAUUUUGCUUUCGUCCUUUUCGUUCAUUUCAAAUUAG